AUGUCCACCAACACCGCGUCCAGCCCAUCAGGCGUCUGGCGGAACACGCUCCACUGCUCGAUCCGUUAUGGGCCGGGAUGUCUCGCCCCUUCUCUUCGCUCCGUAUUCGAGGAAGACCUGGCUCUGCUCAGCCCAAGACCAUCACGCGCUCUCAUCAUCACGGGCAAGUCUCUGAGCACCAAGACGGACGUGAUCCACCAGGUACGCUCCGCCCUGGGUGACCGCUAUGUGGCUACCUUCGACUCCAUCUCACAGCAUGCACCGGUCGAAGCGAUCCAUGAGGCCGUCGAGCUCGUGAAAAGGGAAAGAAUCGACGCUCUCGUCUCAGUGGGAGGAGGAAGUCCCAUUGAUGCAGCCAAGGCUGUCUCCUACCUUGUGCACCAGGAGCGUCACGGCGAGGAUGACAACGAGCCGCGCAACUUCAUCCCCUCGAUCGCGAUCCCGACCACGCUGAGUAGCGCAGAGACGACGCAGAAUUCUGGCUUUACCCGCGAUGGGAAGAAGACGGGAGUCUCUCAUCCUGCCCUCGUACCGAGGGCGAUCAUCCUGGAUGGCGAGGUGGCAAUGCAUACGCCACUGUGGCUGUUCUUGAGCAGCGGCAUGCGGGCAGUGGAUCACGCGAUUGAGUGCCUAUAUAGGCCCGGAGAUGUGCAGUGGCUGCUGAGGGGCCAAUACCUCGCAGCACUGAGGGAGUUGUUUGUGAUGCUGAGGAGGUGCAAGGAGAAGCCGGACGAUGUGGAUACUAGGCAGAGGCUACAGAUCGCAGCUGUCACCUCGCUCUUCCCGGAGAGUAGGAAGGGAGCGCUUGGACUGAGUCACGGUCUUGGACAUGCCUUAGGAAGCUCAUAUAGUAUUCCUCACGGAAUCACCUCCUGCCUCACUCUCGCUGGCAGUAUCCGCUAUACAACACGUCAUAGCACGCCCGACCGACUCGCCUCGCUCGCAGAAGCCCUGCCCUUUGUCGUCUCCUCUGGCUCGCUCGCCCCCAUCGACUCGCAAGACUUGGAAAAGCUCCGGGAGCAGGGCAACAGAGUGGCAGAUGAGGUUGACAGACUCGUCUCUGAUCUUGGAUUGACGUCGACACUGGCUGAGUACAAGGUGCCGCAGAGCGCCUUGAGAGGGAUUGCAGAGCAUGCGGCUGGGCCGAAGGGGAAGGAGGACCCGAAGCUGGUAGACGAGAUCGUGCAGCUGCUGGAAGAUAUUGAUCAGCCCAAGUCGAGGGCGUAG